CCAUAUCUAAUUGUUUAUUUUGUAUUAUUAGAAAUUAAUCUGGAGAAACAUUUCUUCUUGACAGAAUAUCGAAACAUACCGUGAUGGUUAUAAAUUGCCGAUAAAUAAUUUGAUAAUACGAAGAUAAUCGAUUUUAUAAUAAGUAUAACUGUGUAUAUAUACAUAUAAAAUAUGUCUACAUUUAAUGUAGACACGUUUGCAUGCGUACAUGUUUUUCCUCUAGCACUUUCUACGUGUCUAACUUUAUAAAAAGCAUUGCAAUAUCAUCACUUUGUACGUAUUUACGUACAUACAUUUGAUUAUUAAUGUACGAACAGUAUUGUUAAAUAUUAAUAAUAAUCGACAAUUAUAUUUCUCGAAUUUCACGCACGGAAUUGUAUUGUGAGGGAAAAAAAAUGGAUGCCCAUUACACAGGUACGAUCGACCGCAUUAUCGGAAAAUAAAUAAUGCUGCGCACGCUCCUUAAAGGGAAGUUGAUUUUCAUAGUACCCGGCAGCUAACGCAAGUCAUAACAGAACACUUCGAAAGGGGUUAUUCAGUGUUGCCUUGACAGCAGUUGAGAUUGGAACAGUUGGAUCUAUUUCUCCCUUAUCAUGCACGUUAUCAAACCAACGAUCUGUUUCGUUACAUCUUAGAUUAGAAUCUACUAGUGAUUAUAUUUAUCUUUUGCUGAGAUUGGAAUGUUACGUAAAACGUGUACACUUACGAGGGAGAAUUCAAUGAAAUCAAUUUGAACCGUAUUUAAUACGCUGCGUAAAUAUUAUCAAAACAGAGGAAAAGGAACAAGGGACUAACGAAGAGGAGGAGCAAAAACAAGAACAGUACAAAGUUUGCCAAUGGCGAGUUUUUGAACUCGCACAUUUGUUUCAUUCAUUCACUUGUAUUUGCAUUCAUACUUCUGUACCAUCUGGAAAUCAAUUUAGAGGGACGUUCUCGUAAAAUGGCCGAUCACGAAAGAAUCAGAUUAGUAAUAUUAGGCGGGGCUGGCGUUGGGAAAAGCGCAAUUAUACGCCGUUUGCUCGGGCAAGGAUUCAGCGAAAGAUAUCGACCUACCGUCGAAGAUCUUUAUUCGAGAGAAUGUGUCCUAGGUACGCUGACUCUCAAAGUUGAUCUUCUGGACACCGCUGGAGAUUUGCAAUUUCCAGCUAUGAGAAGGUUGAGCAUAGCUACCGCACAUGCGUUUCUUCUUGUUUACGCUACGACGUCGUUACCAAGCUUCGAAUGUGUAAAACGAUGCUUCGAGGAGGUCAGGGAACAACGACCAGACUUCCAGGAAGUCCCGAUGGUCGUUGCUGGAAAUAAAUUAGAUCUUGCAACGACGCGAAGAGAAGUACCAAUCGAAGAUGUGAGUGAAUGGUUGUUUUGUGAAUUGCCAAAACUUCGUGCCAAAGUAAUGGAAUGUUCGGCUAAGGACGAUUAUAACGUCAAAGAUAUUUUCCGAUGUUUCGUCACUCUAUCGAGGAUCGUUCCAAAGAAUCACGUUGGCGAGUCAGACGAAUCGGGCCUCCGACGAAGAUGUUCGGCAUAUGGAUCGCGCAGAAGCGAUCGAGUUGGUAGGUCUGGCAGCCCACACGGCAGAACCGGAAGCGCCGGCUCUGUUGACAAUUCUCAGCAAGUGGUUGCAGCGCAAAGUUCAAAUAUCGUCAGUGUCAAUGAGGAAACGAAGAGUAAACCGCGCAGCCGUAGCUUAAUUCGACGCACUUCGCGAAAAACCAAACAACAAAUUAGGGACACUUAUACGGACGACUGCAAUAUCUCAUAAUUUACAGACUCUCUCCACUUUUCUCUCUCUCUCUAUCUAUCUAUCUA